GUUCUCGUAUAGUGGUGACAACCAAAAAGUGUAUCUAUCAAAAAUGGGAAGAGAAUGUUGUAUAAAAAAUUGUCUUAAGACACGUGAUAAAGAUAUGAAUUUAUCAUUAUACAAAUUUCCCCGUACGAACACUCUCAAAUACAAGUGGUUGGAAGCAAUUCCACCAAACUUAAUAACAUUGCCUGUACAACGAAAUGCAUGUAUUUGUAGUGUACAUUUUUCAAAAAAUCUUUUUCGACCACUCACACCAACAGGAAAGAAUUUAUUGAAACAAGAUGCAAUUCCAUCAAUUUUUGAUACAGAAUCUGAAAAUGAAAGAGACGAGAAUAGUAUAGUCGAGAGUUCCAGUGAAAUAGAGCAGACUUCAUCUACAGAAAAAAUGGAUAAAACGACAAAAAACCGGGCAUCUGUGGAUAUGAAUACUGUGGAUAUGAAUACUGUGGAUAUGAAUACUGUGGAUAUGAUACAAGUAUCUCCUACAAAAUACAGGAUAGCAGAAAAACAAAUACAACUACAAAGAAAAAUACACAUUUUACAAAAACGUUUACAUCGUCGGGGGCUAGCCAUUACUACAAUGCAUAAUCUUAUUGACACAUUAAAAAGGAAUAACUUGCAUAAUUCGGAUCUUGCGCAGGUAUUAAGUAACAAUUUUAAUGGUUCAAAAUUCGAAUGCAUUUUAAAUGAGUAUAGGAACCAAAAUGUUGCAAAAACAGGGAGACGGAUACACCACAAAUGAAACAAUUUGCUUUAACAUAUUUUUAUAGUCCUAAAGCCUAUGACUUUGUUCGAGAAACUUUAUUUCUUCCCCAUCCGUCAAUGUUGCGUAAAUGGUUAAGUAAUUAUAGUUGUAACGUUGGUUUCUUGACAGAGGUUUUCGAAUAUUUACAAGCAGAAGUAUCAAAAAAACCAUUGAAAGAUGUUGCUCUAAUAUUCGAUUCAAUGGCUAUACGGACACAAGUAAUACAUGACAUUAAAGUUGAUAAAAAUAUAGGCUAUGUUGAUUAUGGUGGCUUCUUACAUUAUAAUUCUGAAGAUUUAGCAACAGAAGCUCUAGUGUUUCAAAUUAUCUCGUAUACUAAUAGAUUCAAAUGUCCGAUAGCUUAUUUUUUUGUUAAUAAAAUUAAUGCAAACAUUCAAACACAAUUAAUUAAAGUUGCGAUUGAGAAACUAUAUGAAGUAGGUAUAAUAGUACGUUCUAUAACAUGUGAUGGAGCUAAAAGCAAUCUUACAACUUUUACAUCACUUGGCUGUACUAUUACUGGUAAUAAUAUAAAAAGCCUUUUUAAACAUCCUCAUAAUGAAUCAAAUAUUUACUGCAUAUUAGAUCCAUGUCAUGUACUUAAACUAGCACGAAAUACUUUUGCAGAAUGUAAUAUAACAUCAGAACUUGGCUUAAUCUCAUUUAGUUAUAUAGAAAAAUUGUACAUGCUUCAAGAAGAGGAAGAUUUGAAAUUGGCUAAUAAAAUAAGUUUUAAUCAUAUUUACUUUAAAAAUAAUAAAAUGAAUGUGCGUCUAGCAGCACAGACAUUGAGUAGCUCUGUAGCAGAUGCUAUUGAUUUUCUUAGAACAAGCGGAAACAAAGAUUUUAAAGGUAGUGAAGCAACAACCAAUUUUAUUCGUGUUAUUGAUAGAUUAUUCGACAUAAUGAAUUCAAGAAGUAGUUAUGGUAAAGGUUUUAAGUCACUAAUGAUGAUAAAUAACUUAAAAUUAAUUAAACAAGUAUUUGAUGAUAGCAUAACAUUCAUUUCAAAUGAUAGCAUAACAUUCAUUUAAAAAUAAAUGGCACGAAUAUUUUUCUCCAUCCUCGAAAUACAUUUGCAUUAGGAUUUCAAAUAAAUGUUCAAAGUUAUUAUAAUUUGGCAUGUGAUCUGAUAUAUGUAUAAAAAAGAGGAACCUUUAAAAUAUGUUUUGACAUACAAGUGUUCUCACUUAGAAUUAUAUUUUUCAUGCAUAAGAAGACGUGGUGGAUGGAACAACAAUCCGAAUGUGUUACAAUUCAAAUGGGCUUUACGACAACUCUUAUUUCGAAAUGCUGUUCGUGCUAGUGUUAAUGCAAAUUGUUUAGGUGACAUUUCCGAAACCUACUCCAUAUUAAAAUUUCGAAAACCAAAACGUGUUACAUAUGAUUAUGAUACAUGUCAAAAUUCAGAGGAAUUAGAAAAAUUGUUUAAUAUGGUAGAUAAUAUAAAUUUUUCAGGUAUACAAGAAAAUAUUUUAUAUUAUAUAGCUGGUUCUAUUGUUCGUACACUAUUAAAAGAAAUGCAUUGCCAUCAUUGUGCGAGUAUUUUAAUUGAUUACAAUGUGGUAAUUUCUGAUAAAUGUCAUAAUUAUACAGUAAACGUUAAUAAAUAUAAUUCAUUUACAAUUUUUGUAAAUCGCGGAAAGUUGUUAUCCGUCAAAUGCAGUCUUUAAAAUUGUGGAAACUGUAGAGAAGAUUUUUAAAACAAAAUUAACUUUAUGUGAUAUACGAGGAACAAAUUUUAAACGUAACAUUGUGAUAAAUACUGUACAGAUGUUAUUGCCCAACAUUAGAAAAAUGUUUACACCUGAACAUCCUAUAACCGAUAACAUGGGAGAUAUAUAAAGAAGAUAUACAUAAAUACAUAAAGAAGAUCUUCAUGAGGCUCAAAUUAUCAAAAUAAUAGCAUCAAAAUAUAUCAAAUUACGUACUUUAACUUAUUACAAAAA